GUAGAGAUGAUUCCAGUUAGCUGUACAGGGAAGGUUAAAUCUGUGUUAGUGAGAACAUUCAUUUAAUUUGAUCUCACGCACUCAUUAGAAAGGACUAAAACAAACAUGGUUUGAGAACAAAAAGAUGUACCUGCUAUUAUCUGAAGAAAGAAGAGCCAUCCCAGUUCAAGCUGAAGAGAAUUUUCAGGUGGUAGGAUAUGACUUUCUUUAGGAUAUUCCAUGGUGGAGGACUAACAUAAUGUUGUUGAUAGUAAUAUAGCUGGAUCACCAGCUUGAUGAGAGGCAGAAAUGUUUUGUGCUUCGAAUUUUCAUUAAUGCAUGGCUGCGGACUGGCAAAAUUCUUUUACACCAAUGACACAAUGCUUUCAUUUCUUGUCGUUUUACAAGUUCUAUCUAAAUGUACGGCUUCAGUCUGGAAGUCCAUUACGCGCAACUGUUACACAGCUUUUUUCACACCAUUGUGUUUUACGCUAUUUCAUUGGGAAGACAGUGAAGACUUGGGGACAGAAGGAAAAGACUAUAUUUCCAAAUGGAUACAACAGCAAUCCUUGAUCAACAAAAUCAGCCUCAACAUGAAUCUUCUACUUAUUCUCUUGUCAAGUAUUUGUAUGCUGGUCAUUUUCUUGCAAGAUGGGGUGCCAGAAUGUGGGAAUUCUCAGUUGGUUUGUACAUGGUCAGUAUUUGGCCUGACACUUUGCUCUUUGCUGCUAUUUAUGGUGCUGUUGAGUCUUCCUCCAUAGCUUUGUUUGGUUCCAUCAUCGGACAAUGGGUUGACAGGCUAACAUAUGUCAAGGUUCUCCAAAUUUGGUUGGUAACACAGAAUUUCUCCUUCAUAGUUGCUGGAGGAGCAGUGGUGGCCUUACUAACAUUUACAACCCUCAAGUCCACAGACAUUUCAACAUUCAUCUUUCUGUUGAUACUAACCAACAUCGCUGGAGCUGUUGGUGUGCUUUCCACACUUGCUGGUACAAUCUUAAUUGAAAGAGAAUGGGUUGUAGUGCUAUCAGAAGGUCAUCCUCCUGGAUUUCUGACACAGAUGAAUUCUGUAAUAAGAAGGAUUGACUUGAGCUGCAAGUUACUCGCGCCUGUUAUUACCGGGUUCAUUAUCAGUUUUGUUUCCUUGAAAGCAUCAGCUAUAGCCUUAGCUCUGUGGACAACCGUAACAAUCUGGGUGGAAUACUGGCUUUUUAUGUCUGUGUAUAAUAGGAUUCCUGCUUUGGGUGAAAGUAGUCUAAAGAGGAUCUCAAGAAAUUCACCACAGGAUGUAGAAGAGAUCACAUAUGCUUCUGAGGAAAGUAAGAGCUUGCUUCCUCCUGAAGAGAAUACAACAUCAGUGACAAAAAGCAGGAGAAGAAAAGCGAUUGAAUGGGUCUCAAAUUUGCCUUGCAUUGGUGCAUGGAAAGUUUAUUUGCAGCAGGAAGUUGUUCUUCCUGGAGUUGCCUUAGCUUUGCUGUAUUUCACUGUCCUCAGGUGAGUACCUCAGCUCUUGUUUAAGCGUGAGGUGUGAUUGUCUCACCUGAUACCUAAACUAAAUAGGCUAGUCUUUUGAGUUUAAGAUAACUCUUUCCAGCAUAGUCUAGUCUCCUCACAAGUGGUAUCAGAGCAUAUGUGAUUUCCACCUUCGGGAAGACGGAUGGUGACCUUUGUGGUCACAGUGAUAUAUGUUUGUGUGAUUACCCGAUUUGUGGUGUUAUCUCAGUGUUGGUGAAAGUGUUGACUCACAUGAACCCCAACUUCAACCAUGAGUAUGCAGACAUGAACCUAAUAUAUGCUAGUCUUUUGA